AUGGAACUCAACCGAGAAUAUUUUCGCGCCAUAAUUUAUUACAAUUUUCAGAGACAAUUAUCGCAACAAGAAUGCCUUGCGGGGUUACUGUCUGUUUUCGGCAACGAAGCGCCACAUCAGUCGACAAUUUCCCGUUGGUAUGGAGAAUUCAAACGUGGACGGGUGAGUCUUAGCGACGAUCCCAGGGUGGGUGCACCAAAAACGGCAGUCACCCAGGAAAACGUCGAUGCUGUGCGCAAACUCAUCAUUGAAGAUAGACAUGUGACAUAUCGUGAGAUUGAGGCAUCCUUGAAGAUUUCAAAGACCUCAAUUCAAAAAAUUGUACAUGAAGAAUUAGGAGCAAGAAAAUUAGUUUCUCGUUGGAUACCCCAGCCAGGGCUUGACCAUUUCAAUUCCGGAAACUCAAAAAAUGUGAACAGCAUUGCUGGUGAAGAAAAGCCAACAAAAGUCAUCCGUUCUCGACGUGUUUCGAAAAAAAUGGUCGCGACAUUUGUGUCAAAAGCGGGUCAUAUUGCAACAAUUCCUCUUAAUGAGCAAAGAACUGUUACUGCGGAUUGGUAUACCACAAUUUGUUUGCCAAAAUUCAUCGCCGAGCUUCGAAAAAUCAACCCCGAAAGAAGAAUCAUCCUCCACCAAGACAAUGCAAGCUCGCACACAGCCCAAACAACAAGGCAGUAUUUAAUGGAAGAAAACGUGGAAUUAUUGGAGCAUCCUCCAUAUAGUCCCGAUCUAAGUCCUAACGAUUUCUUUACUUUCCCGAAAAUUAAAAACAGACUGCGUGGUCAAAGGUUCCAGUCAUCAGAAGAGGCAUGGUACAGACAACGGUCACUCUGGGAUCAGGAAUGGAACAGUAUUGUCUUUAGUGACGAGUCUCGAUUUUAUUUAGGCAUGCACGAUGGUCGUGCCAGGGUUAGAAGGCGACGUGGUGAAAGGAGGAAUCCACAGUUUUUUGUUGAAAGACAUGUUCAUCACCCUGUUGGAGUUAUGGUUUGGGGUGCUAUAGCCUAUGUUUCCAGGUCACCUUUAAUCUUCAUCAGAGGUAACAUGAACGCGCAGCAUUAUAUCCACGAAGUUCUAGAACCCCAUCUUUUACCCUAUCUUGACACCCUGGCAGAUCCAACUCUCCAACAAGAUAAUGCCCGACCACAUGUUGCAAGAGUCACAAUAGACUUCUUUCAACAUAAUGAUGUCACAUUGUUACCAUGGCCACCAAGAUCUCCCGACUUAUCCCUAAUUGAGCACGUGUGGGAUAUGAUGGGUAGGAGAUUGCUCAAUUUGCAACGUCCUCCUCAGACUCUAGAAGCACUUCGUGAGGAGUUGGUGGUUGCCUGGAAUGAGAUACCACAGGAGGACAUUGACCGCCUGAUCAGAAGCAUGCCUAGGCGCGUUGGAGAAUGCGUAGCACAUCAGGGUGCAUCCACACAUUAUUAA